ACCCCACUCCAUUACCUCCCAACGCGCGAGAGUAUGAGUAUGAACAAGUCUUGGCCGUGGUGGAAGUCAUGGGGUGUUCUCCUGGGUGCCGGCGCUGCGCUGGCUUCGUCGGUGGCAGUGUACCGCUGGCUCACGGCACGCGCACACGAGGACGACGGCUUUGAUGACUCGGGCAAGCGCGGGCGCGACACGGUGAGGCACCUGACCGAGAUGUUCAUCUCGCAGUACCCGAACGGCAUGACCAAGGAGGACGUGCUGGCGUAUCAGUCCGAGUUUACUGAGAACAACAUCGAUGUUCUCUUCAACGCCAUCGACUCUGACGGCAACGGCGUCGUCUCGUGCGAGGAGUUCCUGCUGUGGAAGCUCGCCAUGUCUGCGCCCGAGUCUGCCGCCCGCUUCACCUUCCACAUGUGGGACACCGACCACUCCGGCUCGCUCUCCUUCUCCGAAGUCAUGCGCAUGUUCCUCAUCCUCCGUUCCGCCAACGCCAUCAAGACGUCCAAGGACGCCAACGAGCUCGCCCGCGAGCUCUUCGCCAAGGCCGACGUCAACCACAACGGCUUCAUCUCAGAGACCGAGUUCAUGGCCGCCAUGUCCAUCCUCCACGACAUGGACGAAUCCGAGCACCCCGAGUACUUCCAGCGCCUAGUCAACAUCAUCUAAACUGCAAACUGCCA